UAUAACCAGUAAUAUAAUCCCUCAAAUAUUCGGCGGCACCGAAGUUUCCAACAUGAAGAGGAAAAGAAACUCUCUCAAAUCAAAAUCAACGAUGGCUAUGGCUACUGCUUCUUCUUCAAGUAAUGUUUACUUACCAGAUGAAUGUUGGGAAUAUAUCUUGGAAUUCCUUAUCAACCACGACACCGAACACACUCACCGUCGCUACAUUCAUCUGAAGUCUCUUUCCCUCGUCUCCAAACAGUUACUCUCCAUCACAAACCGUCUUCGAUCAUCUCUCACUAUCUAUAAUCCAACAUACCAAUUCUUCCGUAGAUUCUCCAACAUCGCCUCCCUCAACCUAUCCUACUACGAUGGUGAUCUGGAUGAUCUUCUCGUCGGAAUCUCUCGUUUUCCAUUGAAAAUCACAUCACUCAAUAUCUCUAACCAACUCAAGAUUCCAACAAAGGGACUUGGAGUUUUCUCCAAAAACAUUACGACUUUGACAUCUCUCAUAUGUUCCAACAUUGCUACUCUCUAUUAUUCCCACAUGUUAUUCAUUGCCGAAUGCUUUCCUCUCCUCGAAGAACUUGACUUCAGUAAACCUAAACAGUUUAAAUUUGACAAAACAGCUUUCUUCCCUGCAGAGGCUCUUUCGUUGGCACUGCCCAAACUCCGCAAAGUUAACUUGUCUCAUAAUUCCUCUAUCUCCAACAAAUUACUUUUCCACUUGUUCAAGAACUGUAAGCUUCUCCAAGAGGUUACCGUCAUUAAUUGUUGGCGCAUAACCCUGUCUGACAUUGCAGCUGGUCUCCACGAGAGGCCAACGUUGAGCUCUUUGUCUUUUAUAGCAAGUUAUUUCGACCGCCUCACUACAUCUUUCAUUGACUCUUUGGUGAGUUUGAAGGGUUUGACUUCACUUGAUUUGUUCUAUUCGAGAAUAUCCGAUGAGUUGCUCUCCUCUAUUGCAAUGGAGGGUCUUCCUUUGGCAAGGCUUGGUCUCCGAUAUUGUGGAGGAUAUAGUUAUACUGGAAUAUUUUCUUUGCUAUCCAAGUGUUCAUGUAUACAACAUUUGAAUCUUCAAAGGACUUAUUUUCUAAAUAAUCAACAUGUUGCGGAGUUGUCUUUAUUUCUGGGUGAUUUGAUCUCUAUAAACUUUAGUCAUUGUAAUAAACUCACAGAAUCAGCCUUGUUUGCACUUGUUAGGAACUGUCCUUCACUUAUUGAGAUCAAUAUGGAAGGGACAUCUAUUGGAAAAGAGAGCGUGAGGAAUUCUAAUUCAUCGAUGGAUUGUAUUGUAAACUCUCAAUUAAAGUCUCUCUAUUUGGCUCAUUGUGAGGAGUUAAGAGAUGAAACCAUCAUAAGGUUUUCUUCCAUUUUCUCCAAUUUGCAGCUGCUUGAUUUGAAUUCUUGCCAACUUAUAUCUGAUGAAGGUAUUGGUCAAGUUUUUAGCAGAUUUUGUAACAUUAGACAUUUGAACUUAGCCAAUUGUUCAAGAGUGAAGCUACUUGUUGGAAUGAACUUUGAACUUCCUAACUUGGAGGUGUUGAAUUUGUCAUAUACAACCGUUGACGAUAAAACACUCUAUGCAAUCACAAAGGGUUGUCGUGGGCUUUUGCAAUUCGACCUUGAAAAUUGUGGGAAUAUCACACAGAAAGGAGUGAAAGAUGUGCUUGAAAACUGCACACAACUAAGAGAGAUCAAUUUGCGGAGAUGUUAUAAUGUGCAUGGUGAUGUUUGCUCAAUGUUAUUGUCAAGCCUGUCUUUAAGAAAGAUAAUUGCUCCACCUCAUUUUCGUUUCACUAGAGGAACUAUGAAACUCUUUUCACAUCAUGGAUGCCGUGUUUUCUAGCAUUCUAAAAGUACUUUAUUGAAGUUUGAACUCUGAAAUGAGAAGCCAACACAUCAACUACAACUAGAAUACCAAAGAAAGUGCUUCUUGUUUUGAAGACAAGUUUUGUUUUUCUCCUAGUUAUUCAGUAUUGCUACUUUGUAGAGCAACUUAAGUUUUAAAUUUUUAAUUUUAUUUAUUUUUUUAUUUAUGUUUUCAAGCUUACAUCUUUAAAUAAAGAAAAAUGUUUAGUUUUUUUUUAUCAUAGAUUACAUUAACAU